UGGCAUUUUCAUCAUAUUGCCUACUAUUAAGAACUUUAAUUAAUUAAAAUGAGUGCUACUUUAAUAACAAAUACAAUGCGUCUGCUGCGCAUAAGCAGCAGCAUUAAAUGGCACAUGCCCACCAUUGCUGCAGUGCGUCAAUAUGCCACACCGCCCAAACGUUUCUACAAAACAACAAAUGUGCUCUGCACAGACGCUGGCUAUGAGGUGACACUGGAUCAUCGCAAGCUGAAGACGCCGAAUGGCGCACCGUUUACGGUUAAAAGUGAGCCAUUGGCCAUUGCCGUGGCCACCGAGUUCGACGGCCAGAAGGACCACAUUGAGCGCUCGCGUAUGCACAUCUCCGCGCUCUGCUUUACGGCCAUAGACAAUCCCAAUAAGCUGACAAAGCUCGACAUGGUCAACUAUCUGCUGAACUUUGUGGCCACCGAUACGGUGCUCUUCCAAUACGAUGAUGAAAAGGAUCUGCAGGAGCUGCAGCGCAAUGAGUGGGAUCCGCUGAUUGCCUGGUUUAAUCAGCGCUUCGAGACCAAUCUGCAAAAGACCAUGAACAUAACUCCACCCCAGGUCAGCGAAGGGGAUAAAAUGAAAAUUGCCAAACAUUUGCAAUCGUACAGCUUGGAAACGUUGCACGGUUUCGUUUUUGCCGUGGACACGCUGAAGUCCAUUGUGCUCGCCUGCGCUGUGAUAGAUCAACAAAUAACAGUGGAGCGUGCGGUGGCUCUGUCCCGUCUGGAGGAGGAGUAUCAGCUCAAGUUCUGGGGCAGGGUUGAGUGGGCGCACGAUUUCAGCCAGCAGGAGCUGCAGGCGCGCCUUGCUGCCGCUGUGCUCUUUGUUCAUUUCAAUUGUUCCGAAAACUUGAUCAAAGAAAAGUCUAUAUUAUAAGCUAAUUGCGUGAUAUUUCAAAA